CAAUACUCGGGACAUGAGUGAGUAACUCAGCUGGGUGAGUAAAAAUUCUACUACUCGACUCGUGAGUACCCAGUGCGCAGCCUAAUUAUUCCUUCUCGCCAACUACCUCAACUCAACGACGUCUACUGUCGACCAUCGAUUGCAGGACAAGGAAGUCGACAUGAGUCUUCGCGCUCCAGCCCAGGGCGGAGACUUGAAAAGUCACGACAGGAUCUACUACAGAAGCAGUUUGCUUUGCAGAAAUCGAUGAGACGGAACUUUGUCAUUUAUGGAUUGGGGUCCCAAUUUCGGAGGCGAAUUUGCCAAAGAAAUUUAUACAUCGAUCAUUGAUGAAGUUCAAAAUAUUAUCAACUACCUUUCCAGUAAUUAGUUUCGCAUCCGAGACAUUUAUAGCUGCACGGAGGGAGUCACCCUCUCUGGUUUGGCGUUCCAGUUUGCAAAAUCGAGGCUAGAAACUAGCACCGAAGCACAUAAAGCCACGUCCUUAUUAAUACUUCUCUCUGCGUCCAUCAACAAUGGAAGGCCUUUUCCGCCAUAUCUUGAGGUGCCAUCAGAUUCCCAAGAACUGAAUGAGCCGGGGUUUCGAGCUCUGGCUGCUAUCAAGUUGGCACAAAGCUGCAUGGUGGAUUCGCUCUCAAGAGUUGUUGAGCCUGUGAGGGAACUGGUUGGGGAGGUGAAUUUUGGCUAUCAGAUUGUCCGACUCAAAUGAACAAGUGUGAGGCGAAGUGAAGCGAGGGUGAACAGGGUGGUGAGCCGAAGCAAUACUUCUGUGUCAAUUUCGCGUUACACUCUCGCGUCAAUUCUGUGGUACCAGAGUUUGACCAUUAUUAGCUUACGUGCCUUGCUAGGUGCUUUGCUCUUAUUUUCCAUAAUUCGCCAUUUGUGAGCCAUAAGCCCCGAAAGUGCAGUUGUGCCAACGCAUCACACUAGGACGCCUACGGAGCUCAGGUGGGGAUUGGCAUAUAUUUCAGGUUUAUCACUUCGCUAUCCUUGUCUCCACUGCAGCUUUGUCGUGACAGUUUGUUUAGUUGAAACGACAUAGCAAUCACAGCAAUUAUGAAGGCCUCCCUUGUACUGCCAUUCAUGUCGGUGGUGGCAGCGGUGCUCGAUCUCACGGUCACGACAAAUAGCGGGCGUAUUGCAGGACAUAAGGCGCCAGAGGCGGAGGGUGUGUAUGAGUUCCUUGGUGUACCUUUUGCGAAGCCGCCGGUUGGGGAGCUGAGGUUUGCGCCGCCGGCGAAGUUGGGGCCUGUGGCGUCGAGUGUGGUGUUUGUCGCGGAUAAAUUUUCGAACAAUUGUCCGCAGACGGGGGUUAAGGCGGUGGACUACCCAGAGCACACGCCGCAGUCCCAGAAGAUCAUUGAUGCUUUUGUAAAUACUCUUGGGAAUCCGGUGGGAGAGGAUUGUUUGUACCUGAAUGUGUGGAGCAAGCCGACCGCGAAGAAGAACAAGCCUGUCGUGGUGUUCUUCCACGGAGGCAGAUGGUCGAUUGGCGGCACAGACACACCCUUCUUCACCGGCAAGUACCUCGCCGACGCCGAGGACGUCGUCGUCGUCACUGUGAACUUCCGCCUCAACAUCUUCGGCUACCCCGGUGCCCCUGGCGAGUCCCAGAACCUGGGCAUGCAAGAUCAGCGCCUGGCUGUAGAAUGGAUCCACUCUAACAUUGGCGCCUUUAACGGCGACUGCUCAAAGAUCACCAUCUUCGGACAGUCCUCAGGAGGGCUCGCCGUCGACUUCUGGGCUUACGCUUAUAAGAGCGAUCCUAUUGUCGCGGGCGUUAUCGCGCUCUCUGGUAACGCGUAUAGCUUCCCGCUUAAUACGCUUGAAUUGGCGGCGCAGAACUGGUAUAACGUGUCGGACCAGCUCGGAUGUGGAGCGCAGGGAAAUGCCAUGGCAUGUAUGCGGCAGGCGAACUGGGAUGAUAUUCGUGCUGCGACAGCAAUGGUCCCGUCACCGCCGGGAACGAGCCAGGCGCGCGCGCAGCCACCGUUCCAGGCUACAAUUGAUGAGAAGCUUGUCUUCUCGAACUACUACGAGCGCGCACAGGCUGGGAAUCUGGCCAAGAUUCCAUACAUGGUUGGGAACAACCACAACGAGGCCGGAUACUACAAGGUACCCGCAUACGGACAGGGUAAGAUCUUGAACCAGUCCGUGUGGGACGACUUCAAUCUCGAGUGUUUCACCUGCGCGACUGCUCUCGAGGCCGCGCAGCGUGUCGCGAGCGGUGUCCCUACGUGGCGCUACAGACAUCACGGUGACUGGGAUAACACUAGACUCUACCCCACCAGCGGUGCCUACCACGGCGUGGAUCUACACAUGAUAUUCGGCGCCUCCGCCGACGUCAGCGGCCUCCCCGAAGUCGGCGCCCAGACAGAUGCUAAGGGACACAUCCAAAAGGCCUACGCUGCCUUCGCAGCUGACCCCGUCCACGGGCUCACCAAGCAAGUUGGCUGGCCAGCCUACAACCCUAACAAGAAUACGUUGAUCGAGCUGUCCCUGAACAAUAACCCGCAGCCCGUGUAUUCGAAGGCGUCGACGCAUGAUGCGGAGUGUGCGCAGUUCUUAGAUAAUUAUAAGGCGACGUAAAUGGAGCGGACCUUCUACUUCUAGCGGCAUAUGUCACUGUUAAAUGCACUAUAAAGCCAAGAGAUCAGAUAUUGCCGCCGACUCCCCUAGAAUAUCAUUGAUAAAGCAGAAAAAAAAAGGGCCAAAGAUACGUGGCGAACCCAAUGGCAGAGUAUAAAGCGGUGACUACAUUUGUGAAGCUCGCAAUCCAAGCAGGAUCCGAACUGGCCGAUGCUUGGCAUGUGGGCAAAACCACAAUGCUGACAAAUGGAAGCCAUGAACCUGCCUGUGAAACAUGUACAAGGAGGAAGUAAAUCUAUAACUUAUUGAUAAAAAAGACAAAAACAUACAACAGUGGGUAUUCGCUGGUGGUCACCCACCCAACUACUAAUCCACCGAUCUCAAGGUUAUGUAUGGCAGAGCGGACGGGAUGCCCAGUUCUCUUGAGUCUAU